GUCAGGGUGAGAGUACCAGUAUAUAAAGACAGCGUCGCCUGACCUACACAUCACACUCCAACAUGAGACUACUGAUUCUUGCUUCAUUGAUUGCGGCGGCCGCCGCCGGGUCCCUACAAGGCUACAGUCUCCCAUCACCUGGUUCCGGUCUCUCCCCAGGUGGCUCAGGCAUCUCUGGUGGCUUAGUCUCUGGAGGCACUGGUUUAUCUGGCGGACUAUCUGGGUUCUCUGGUGGCGCAGGAUUCACUGGUGCUGCUGGACUCUCUGGUGGAGCAGGGCUCAUCAGGGGUGGCUGUGGAGGUGGACAGAUCCGUCAUGUGGACGGAAGUUGUGUGACUCCACAAGUCACCAGAAACUUGUUUGUGUACACUGCUCCACCAGUGGCCCCACUUGUAGGUCCACGACCAAAUGUUCCUCCACAAAUAGAACACAACGUUAUAUUCAUCCGUACCCCAGAAGCCGGACCAGGUCAAGAACCCAUUAUUGUACCACCACCACAAACGAAAAAUGUAUUGUAUGUCCUCAACAAGCGGCCUGAAUUGGAUCAGAAGGUCGUCCACCUCCCAGCUCCUGAACAACAAACUCCGCAAGUGUACUUCGUCAACUAUGCCGAAGGUGAUAACCCAACUUUGCCCACAGGAGAGGACCUCCAGUCUGCCCUCAGCUCCGCCGCUCAUGGUGGCGGCGAGGUUAUUGGCACUGGUGAUGGCGUUGGAGGCGGUAUUGGAGGCGGUAUUGGAGGUGGCAUUGGAGGUGGCAUUGGAGGCGGCAUCGAAGGUGGCAUUGGAGGUGGUAUCGGAGGUGACAUUGGAGGCGGCAUCAGAGGCGGUAUUGGAGGUGGUGUGAAAGACAGCAGCUUCAGUGUGUCCACACCAUCUAGUCUAUAUGGCACACCCGUACUUGUUUCGUUGAUAGCGGCCGCAGCCGCCGACUCCCUGCAGAUAUACGGUCCCCCGUCACACUCUGGGUCAGGUCACUCCUCAGGUGGAACAGGCUUCUCCAGCAGUGCUGGCUUCUCUGGUGGCUUGGUAUUCAACGGAGGUGGCUCUGGGUUCUCUGGUAGCGCUGGGUUCUCUGGUAGCGCUGGGUUCUCUGGUGGGGCAGGACUCUCUGGUGGCGCUGGAUUUAUCGGAGGUGGAUGUGCAGAUGGACAGAUCCGUCAUGUGGACGGAGGUUGUGUGACUCCUCAAGUCACCAGAAACUUGUACGUGUACACUGCUCCACCAGUGGCCCCAAUUGUAGGCCCACGACCAAAUGUUCCUCCACCAAAGAUAGAACACAAUGUCAUAUUCAUCCGCACCCCAGAAGCCGGACCAGGUCAAGAACCCAUUAUUGUACCACCACCACAAACGAAAAAUGUUGUGUACGUCCUCAACAAGCGGCCUGAACUGGACCAACAGGUCGUACACGUACCAGCACCUGAGCAACAAACUCCUCAAGUGUACUUCGUCAACUAUGCUGAAGGUGAUAACCCAACUUUGCCCACAGGAGAGGACCUCCAGUCCGCCCUCAGCUCCGCCGCUCAUGGAGGCGGCGAGGUUAUCGGUACCGGUGGUGGUAUUGGAGGCGGUAUCGGAGGCGGUAUCGGAGGCGGUAUCGGAGGCGGUAUCGGAGGCGGUAUCGGAACUGGUAUCGGAACCGGUAUCGGAGCCAGAAUCGGAGGCGGAAUCGGAACCGGUAUCGGAAGUGGCACUGGAAUUGGAGGUGGUGUGAAAGACAGCGGCUUCAGUGUGUCCACACCGUCUAGUCUGUAUGGCACACCAUAAAACUGCAAACAUGACAACACCAUUUCUUCACUCAGGCUUCAGCCUUCAUAUUGGAAGACCGUAUAACUCAUCGGCUUUAUUUAAUUUCCUGAUUUUCUAAUCUUCUUGCACAUUAUACUAUAUGAUAUUUAUUUUAUCCACUAAUUUUAUUUAUCUAUUGUGUGACAAAUUCAGUUACUUGUUGGUG